AUACAAAAGUCAAAUUAUAAUUUAUAAUAGUUACGCAUCCCAAGUUGGGUUUCACGUGAGUUCGUAAUUGGACUCAUAUUGGCCCAACAAAACGUAAUAUAAUAAAAAUCCGGUUAGGGAGGCCCAUAUGACCCGGGUGGAAAAGCCCAGUGGUUUUGUUACUCAGCUUGGUUGUUGUGUUGGCUAUUCAUGGUGGCUUCGAGCACCGUCUCCGGCAGCGGCUUUAGCCUUAGGGUUUUACCAUCUUCGCUCCUCACUUUCUUUUCCAUCGGAAACAAUCGAAAUCGCAGGUGAAACAAAAUGUCUGAACCCAAUGCGAUCGCUGAAAUCCCUCAGAACAUGACCAUCUACAUCAACAACCUUAACGAAAAGAUUAAGCUUGAUGAGUUGAAGAAGUCGUUGCAUGCUGUUUUCUCUCAGUUCGGGAAGAUACUGGAAGUGCUAGCGUUCAAGACUCUGAAGCACAAGGGUCAAGCUUGGGUGGUGUUUGAGGAUGUUAAUUCUGCUUCCAAUGCUCUUAGACAAAUGCAAGGUUUCCCCUUCUACGAUAAGCCAAUGAAAAUACAGUAUGCAAAGACUAAAUCAGAUAUAAUAGCAAAAGCUGAUGGUACCUUUGUCCCGAGAGAAAAACGGAAGAGGCAUGAUGACAAAGGCAAAAAACGGAAGGACCAUGUUGAUCCUGGUUUAGCUGGAAUGGGCGUAAAUCCAGCAUAUGCUGGUGCCUAUGGUGCAGCUCCUGCUGUAUCGUAUCCAGGUGGUGCAAAAUCUAUGGUACCUGAGGCUCCUGCCCCACCAAACAAUAUUCUCUUCAUUCAAAAUCUACCCAAUGAGACAACUCCCAUGAUGCUGCAAAUGCUCUUUCUUCAAUAUCCUGGUUUCAAGGAAGUUAGGAUGGUGGAAGCGAAGCCAGGAAUUGCAUUUGUGGAAUAUGGAGAUGAGAUGCAAUCAACUGUAGCAAUGCAGGCCCUACAAGGUUUCAAGAUAACACCACAUAACCCGAUGUUGAUAACUUAUGCCAAGAAAUAGAUUAGCGGUUUCUUCAACUUGUGGUGUGAAAAUGGCGUCUUAUAUCUUCAAAGUAGAAUUGUUAAUUCAUCUCAUACGUUAUGUAUCUGCAUAAUUGAUGUUUACCCUAGGCAGCCAUGUUUCUUGUAUGAUUGUAGUUAGGGUGAUGACUUCUACAUUGAAAAAGUUUCGUAUUCAAUACAUCCCUUUCUGGUUCAAAUUUAACAGUUACGAAA